AUGCCCAUAGUGAUUGGUCGUUCGAAGAAACCCAACUUUGCUUUUCUCAGAGAUCGGUUGCAUAAGCGGGUUUUGGGUUGGAAAGAAAAAUUUAUGUCUCGUGCAGGACGAGAAGUGCUAAACAAAUCUAUAGCGCAAUCUAUUCCAACGUAUAUCAUGAGCUGUUUUGCUCUUCUAGUUUCCUUUUGUGCAGACAUGCAAGGCAUCAUUUUGAGAUUUUGGUGGAGUGGUUCAGAGGAUAAGAAGAAGAUUCCUUGGUUCAACUGGAACUCUAUAUGUAACUCUAAGAGGAAUGGGGGUCUCAGGUUCAGGAAUUUGAGAGCUUUUAAUCAAGCCAUGUUAGCAAAACUAGCGUCGCUCUUGGUUUAG